AUAUGUGUUAUUUUUUCAUUUGUCUUCUGUAGAAAAUGGGAGGAGCAAGUUCAACAUCAACUUCUGAUUCUGCAGAGGUAAAAAAGGAUAUAAAUGCGUUUCCUGCAGAAUGCCCUAUGCAUAACAAAGGUGACAAGUCCAGCAAUCAACCAGAACAGGUGCACAGAAAGGGUUUAAGUGAAGAGAAAAUGCAGAAAAUGGCUGUGAAUUUUUCAGCUGCACCAAGUGAAUGCCCCAUGCAUGUUGAUUCCAAUACUGCUCCAGUCGGUGAUUGUCCAAUGAGACAAGGACAAACAGACAUCAACCCUGACAAUAUGAUGCCUCCACCAAAUCAAAGACCAGCUCCAGAUCAACCAUUCCCUCUGUCAACAGAUAGAGAGAUGUCAACUAUACCUCGUGCAGGAACUACAGAGAACUGGGUUUAUCCUUCCCAACAAAUGUUCUGGAAUGCUAUGCUUAGGAAAGGAUGGAGAUGGAAAGAAGAUGACCUAGGUCAGGAGGAUAUGCAUCACAUUAUAAAGAUACACAACAGUAAUAAUGAACAGGCCUGGCAAGAAGUUCUCAUGUGGGAGGCAUUUCAUGCCAAAAAAUGUCCUACUCCAAAACUGAAGAAAUUUGGAGGGAAAGCUACACAAUUUUCUCCAAGAGCAAGGAUAAGAGGAUGGAUGGGGUACGAGAUGCCCUUUGAUAGACAUGAUUGGAUUGUUGAUAGAUGUGGAACUGAUGUUAGAUACAUUAUAGAUUAUUACGAUGGUGGAAAAGUAAAUAAAGAAAAUUACCAGUUUACUCUGCUUGAUGUGCGACCUGCCUAUGAUUCUUUCUCAGCAUUUUGGGACAGAUCAAAAGCAACUUGGAUGCGUUGGAGAUACAAGUCAGUUAUUAACAAAGUCUCAGAUGAAGUUGAAAGUAUUAAUUCAAACAAUUCAGCUGAUAAAUCAUGAAACCAUUGACCAUCAGAAUCUAUUCUGAAAUAAUUUAAAGAAGGAUUAAAUGCAGAAAACUUUUAAAUGGAGUGUUUUGUGUUGAUUGAAUAGGUGAGGAUAGGACUUUUUCUUUUGCGGGAGUCUAUGAUAGUUUUGUAAUAAGAUUUAGACUUUUACUGUUCUUUAUGAAUCUUUCUAAAGGAUUACAAACCUUUAUGAGUAUGUUUGGAAAUUGCCAUAUUGUUCUCCAAAAUAAAUGGCACAGUGGAAAAUGCCCUUGUACAAAUGUAAGACAAUCAUAUGAAAAGAGAAGCUACUAGUUGAUCUUAUUAAUACAGUCUUUCUGAAAGACCGUCGGCCCUGACCGAUAAAAAAUCAGAAGGUCCGAUAAAAUUAUAUGUAUCGGCGGCCCGACGGUCCGGUAAAAAUUUAAGGUUUAAUAAAAACAUAACAUUAAACAUUUUGCAAAGGCCAAUCAUUCACCUACAGAGCUCCAGAUAGCAUGCGUAUCUGUGUGAAAUACGAAUAGUAAAAUCUAAAAUACGCAUCAUUUUCAAUAUUCAUGCGUCAAAGUUACACACAACAAAACAACUACGCUUGUAUGUCAAAACACAAGCGUUAAGAAUAAAAGUGUAAACAUUUGAAAUUGAAAAGGGGAUGUUUUGAGCAUAAAAAUACAAUAUAAUAUUUCUAUUUCAUUGCAAUGAAAACUAAAAAUUCUGUUGUCAACAGCCCAUGUAAAAAACGAAAGUAGCAGGAAGUACACAAGGGAGGUAACUCCCGUAAAUGACAUUGAUUAAAUUAAGUGCCAGAUAAUAAUAGGAAUUAACAUAGAAUUAAGUUUGUUUAGACAUCCAUUGUCAUGCUUUUGCUUGAAAAAAAAUAUUUUAAUUUCUUUCACUUUUGUUGUUAGCACAAAAAAGUCUACAGUUUGAGUUACGGACAAUUUUCUCUCAGACCAAUUCUACUUAUAAAUCUCAUGUUUAUUAUCCCCCGCCGCCUUUGAAUAUAGAAAUAGUCUCCGUCCUUCCGUCCGUCCAUCCUUCCGUCCGACAUUUUUGUCCGGAGCAUAUCUCAAAAAGUAUUUGAGGUAUCAACUUGAAACUUCAUAGGUGGAUGGAUCUCAUUGAGGAGGAGUGCAGUGCACAAUUUUUCACCUGAGUGGAGCAUAACUCAAAAAGUGUUUGAGAUAUCAACAUGAAAUGUCAUAGGUGGAGGAGGAAUGCUGUGCGCAAGAAUGAUAACUCUUCCCUAUAUAAUUUUUGAGUUAUUGCCCUUUGUUCUUUUUCAUACUAUUUUGUCCAGAGCUUAUCUCAAAAAGUAUUUGAGGUAUCAACUUGAAACUUCAUAGGUGGAUGGAUCUCAUUGAGGAGCAGUGCAGUGUAUAAGAAUGAUAACUCUACCCUGCAUAAUUUUUGAGUUAUUGCCCUUUGUUAUUUUUCAAAAUUAAUUUUUGUCCAGAGCAUAACUCAAAAGGCCUUUGAGAUAUCAACAUGAAACUUCAUAGGUGGAUAGAUCUCACUCAGGAGGUGUGCAGUGCACAAGAAUGAUAACUCUACCUUUCAUAAUUUUUGAGUUAUUGCCCUUUGUUAUUUUUCAUACUUAAUUUUUCAUCCGAGUGGAGCAUAACUCAAUGUGUUUGAGAUGUCAACAUGAAAUGUCGUAGGUGAAUAGAUCUUAUUGAGGAGGAAUGCUGUGCACAAGAAUGAAAACUCUUCCCUAUACAAUUUUUGAGUUAUUGCCCUUUGUUCUUUUUCAUACUAUUUUGUCCGGAGCUUAUCUCAAAAAGUAUUUGAGGUAUCAACUUGAAACUUCAUAGGUGAAUGGAUCUCAUUGAGGAGGAGUGCAGUGCACAAGAAUGAAAUUUCUACCCUGCAUAAUUUUUGAGUUAUUAGUCCCCUACCGGUUUAACCGGAGGGGACUUUAGGUUUACCCUCCGUCCGUCUGUCCGUCUGUCUGUCUGUCCGUCUGUCUGUCCGUCUGUCUGUCUGUCUGUCAGUCCGUCAGUCCGUCCGUCCACAAAACUGGAUCCCGUGAUAACGCAAAAAGUACUGAAAAUAUUUUUAUGAAACUUGAUAUAUGGAUAGAUGGCAGUAUGGAGAUUAUGCACGUCUUUUUUUUUUUCUUCCUAUGUUGAAAAUUCUGGUUGCUAUGGCAACAAAUAGUCUGAAAAUAUGGCAAAUUUAACACAUAAACUGGAUCCAGUGAUAACUCAAAAAGUACUGAAAAUAUUUUUAUGAAACUUGAAAUAUGGGUAGAUGGCAGUCUGGAGAUUAUGCACAUCUUUUUCUUUUCUUCCUAUGUUGAAAAUUCUGGUUGCUAUGGCAACAAAUAGCCUGAAUUUCAAGAUUUCUGAUUUAAAUUUUUCAGCUUUUUCACUAUAUGUUCUUUAUUUCUUAAGGUGUUUACUUCAAACUUUAAAUAUAAGUUUCUGGUCAUCAACCACAUCAUAUGUGACAAGGUUUAUAACUCUAGCACAAAAAAUAUCAGUAUUACCUCCCUUGAACUUAGAUUUUUUAGGGGAAAAAAUGUUGUCUUUUUUAAAUAACUUCUUUAUUUCCUAAUGUAUCUACUUCAAACUUCAUAUAUAUGUUUCUUAUUAUCACUCGACAUUUUUGAGAAGGUUAAAUACUCUAGCAAGACUAUUUCCAGAAUUAUGUCCCCCUUUAACUUAGAUUUUUUUAAAUAUUAACAAAUAGUCUGAAAAUAUGGCAAAUUUAACACAUAAACUGGAUCCAGUGAUAACUCAAAAAGUACUGAAAAUAUUUUUAUGAAACUUGAAAUAUGGGUAGAUGGCAGUCUGGAGAUUAUGCACAUCUUUUUCUUUUCUUCUUAUGUUGAAAAUUCUGGUUGCUAUGGCAACAAAUAGCCUGAAUUUCAAGAUUUCUGAUUUAAAUUUUUCAGCUUUUUCACUAUAUGUUCUUUAUUUCUUAAGGUGUUUACUUCAAACUUUAAAUAUAAGUUUCUGGUCAUCAACCACAUCAUAUGUGACAAGGUUUAUAACUCUAGCACAAAAAAUAUCAGUAUUACCUCCCUUGAACUUAGAUUUUUUAGGGGAAAAAAUGUUGUCUUUUUUAAAUAACUUCUUUAUUUCCUAAUGUAUCUACUUCAAACUUCAUAUAUAUGUUUCUUAUUAUCACUCGACAUUUUUGAGAAGGUUAAAUACUCUAGCAAGACUAUUUCCAGAAUUAUGUCCCCCUUUAACUUAGAUUUUUUUCGAGAAACUGGUAUUUUCACUCCAACUUCUUCAUUCCUUAUAGGAUUUACUUUAAAAUCCCACAUCGUAAUAAUAUGACAAGGUUGUAUAAACAUAAUUUCCUUACUAAGCAUGGAAACUUAACACAUUACUGUGAUAUAGACAAACUUAUUUUAUUAUGUUUUGUGGUUGAUAUUUUCAAAUACAGACUUCAUCCUCAAAUUCAUUAUAAAUGGCAAUACACAGGAGUGUAUGACAAUUAAAGAACUUUUUGAGGGACCGGUAGGGGACUACUGUAUUGCCCGCAAUACUAUCAAAUGCUUGUUGCCCUUUGUUAUUUUUCAAAAUUAAUUUUUGUCCAGAGCAUAACUCAAAAGGCCUUUGAGAUAUCAACAUGAAACUUCAUAGGUGCAUAGAUCUCACUCAGGAGGUGUGCAGUGCACAAGAAUGAUAACUCUACCUUUCAUAAUUUUUGAGUUAUUGCCCUUUGUUAUUUUUCAUACAUAAUUUUUCACCUUUGUGGAGCAUAAUGCAAAAGUGUUUGAGAUGUCAACAUGAAAUGUCAUAGGUGGAUAGAUCUUAUUGAGGAGGAAUGCUGUGCCCAAGAAUGAUAACUCUUCCGUAUAUAUAAUUUUGGAGUUAUUGCCCUUUGUUCUUUUUCAUACUAUUUUGUCCGGAGCUAAUCUCAAAAAGUAUUUGAGGUAUCAACUUGAAACUUCAUAGGUGGAUAGAUUUUACUGAGGAGGGGUGCAGCACACAAGAAUGAUAACCUACCCUGCAUUAUUUUGCAGUUAUUGCCCUUUGUUAUUUUCAGCCAUCAGUAGUCAUAUAGGUUCAAAUCUGUAAUCACUUCAGCCAUUAGUUUUCAUUACCAAAAGACCUCUUAAAAUUGAAUUAUUCUGCUCUACUACAUAUACAUUCUUCCAAUGAGCAAACCCAUUCGGCAGGGGAUGGCCAUGUUGACAUGGCUCUUGUUUUUCUUUAAUUCUUAUUUCAACUAUAAUUGUCGAACUGGAGUACAUGCAAAAAUAUGUGGAUAAUAGUUUAAGAAGUUACAAAAGCAGAUUUUAAAAUAGAUCACUGUGAUCCAUUUUCAACAACAACAUGCCAACAGAAGAAAAAGAAAAAUAUUAAUGACUUAAUAUGCAAUAAUUUUGCUGUGUAUCCUAAACCUGAGUACCAUUAUACUCUAACUUUGGGAAGUCUGGAUUUACAGAGCAUGUUUUGUAUUGUUUCACACUGAAUCAAUAUUUUAAUUGUUUCACACUGAAUCAAUACUUUAUUUGUAAAAGUUUUUCUAAAAAAAAAACUAAAAAAACCCACAUUGCAAAUUAACUUGUGGGCGGAUUUUAUCACGGGUUAAAUGCAUGCAUUUCCUUAGUCAAAACUUGGAUACCCAUGUCAUUCCAGACUCCUGUAGUGGGAUAAUUUAUUAAAUGUUUGUGAAUAUGAUUUCCACUAAUGAUAAACAACAACUUGUUUGCAAUUAUUUUUCACAUAUAUAGAUCAAGUGUAUUUAGCGAGUCUAAAGUUAUUGUUAAGAAGUGUGUAAAACGUAAAAAUUUUACAUUUA